AUGAGUACUACACGAGCUGAUCACUUUGCAUCAAUCUUAACAAAUGGCAUGGUUUUAAUUAAUGGUGGGACUUUGGAUGACAGUUUUAAUGGUGCUGGUACAGAAUUGUAUAAUUCAUCCACAGGAGUAUGGACAAAUACUGGUAACAUGACUAGCCCGCGGCUGUAUCACGCAGUUUCUGUAUUAACAGAUGGAAAAGUACUAGUUGCUGGUGGAAGAUAUGGUUUCGAUACGUUGGCGAGUACAGAGUUGUACGAUCCAUCAACAGGAUUAUGGACAAACGCUGGAAAUAUGCGUACGAUACGAGCGUUGCAUACUGCAUCCACAUUAGCAAAUGGAAAAGUUCUAAUUACUGGCGGAGCAAAUGCCAACCAUCUUGCAACUUGUGAAUUAUAUGAUCCAUCAACGAGAUUAUGGACGAGUACUGGUAGCAUGAUUCAUGCGCGGAUACAGCACACUGCAUCUAUGUUAACAAACGGAAAAGUGUUAAUUACUGGUGGACACAACGGUUCAGAUGUUUUAGCGAGUGCCGAAUUAUACGAUCUAUCAACAGGAUUAUGGAUACAGACUAAUAGUAUGAAGGAUUCACGAUCUUCGCACACUGCAUCUCUAUUAGCAAAUGGAAAAGUAUUAGUUGUUGGUGGAAUGGGUCGCGUUGGUACACUAAAUAGUGCAGAAUUAUACGAUCCACCAACAGGAUUAUGGACAAACACUGGUAGCAUGAAUGAUGCACGAAGUUCUCACACUGCAUCUGUGUUAAAAAAUGGAAAAGUGUUAGUUGUUGGUGGAUAUGGUUAUGGUCGCAUUUCUAGUGCAGAAUUAUACGAUCCAUCAACAGGAUUAUGGAUAAAGAUCAUAAAUUUCAAUACUGAACGAUCAUCACACACUGCAUCUGUGUUAACAAAUGGAAAAGUUUUAGUAGUUGGUGGAAAGAACUUUUUUUCUUCUUUGAAUAAUGCAGUACUCUAUGAUCCAUCAAAAGACGUUUGUACAGAUGCUAGCAGCAAUAAUACUACACAAGUGAAGAAUAUGGUAUAUGAUAUUAAACAAUGA